CAGCAGCGUUCACACAGCACUGCAGCUUUUUGACACCCAGCGACGCUCUGAGGUGUCACAGUUACAUCUCCUGAUUGGUUCGAGAUGUUUGUGUGAAACUUUUUUUUCUGCCGCUCUGAGCUGCAGGGCCCCUUUUCCAGUUUCCAGUUGCAGUUUGCAGUUAAGAGCGACUGAAAGAGGGCAGUUUGAUCAACCCACACACAUCGUUCACAGAGACAGUGCUGUGAACUUUUAUGGUAGCUGGUUGGUUGGUGAGUCACCUGGUUGAAGCCAAUGCUCCAUCCCUUUGGACAAACCUGAGUUGAUGGUCAAUCAUCGCCUUCCUCACAGGAAACGCUGAGGAAAACGACAAAGCAUUGCAAGACCUGUGGCGGGAGGUGAAGCAAGGUGAUUGGGUGCAGCAACAGAGGAGGAGAGUUGGUGACAAAGAGGGAGGAAGGAGGGAGCUGAAGUAGGUCGCUGAAGGUGCAGAUCAGACUCCAGAUCAGAUCAGAACAGAACGUGAGCAAAGAAGUCUUCAGCUAUGGUGGAUAUUUGGUUACAGUAGUCGCCUCAUGUGGACCAGAUACUCCAGGGGGACACAAGACCAGCAGCAGGCCCCGAAACUUCACCCAGCCUCCAUCCUCCUCAUCAACGUAUCGCCUCUCCAACCCCUGUCCUGUCCUGUCCUGAGGUGUAGAUGAAACAUGACUGCCUCCUGGCUCAUUUGGUUUUUGGCGAGUGCCAUCUUCGUCUCCAUGGUUCUCCUGGCUGUCGUCUGUCUGAACUGCAGAAACAAAGGCCCUCUGGUCUCCAUCAGGCAAGUGAACGCCUCAGAGGAGUACAUGCCAUCCACUGAAUUCAGAAUCAUCCAUCCAUUUGCAGCUCAGCCGUCCACAGAUCUGAACUCCAUCCACCUUUCCUCCAACCUGCUGUCACCUUUCUCACCUUUAGCUGAUCCUGGAACUCAGCGGAGACACAGAUCCUUCACGCCAACAGAAACUGAAAGUAAUCCAAGUUAUGAGAAUCCAGCAGAUGGUCCUGACUACAUAAACACUGAGAGCGAUGCAGAAGACCCCGGAUACAUAAUCGUGUUGCCUGAAGGCGAGACACCUCUGACCAAUCAGAGUCGAGCCUCGACGCCCAGCUCAGAUGUUCAGCAUGAUUAUGUGAACGUCCUAGAGAGCAAAGAGGAGAGAGACUAUCUGAAUGUGGAGCCACUGCACUUUCAAAGGUCAACACCAGAUCUGUCAACCCAAAGUGACAGUGAUGACGAUGAGGAGAGUGACGAUGAGGAGAACUACGUAAACGUGCAGAGUGGGACACAGACUGAAUGACCACAGUGAGCUUUUUAAAAUGCCAUCUACAUGUCUUCUUGUACCUUUAACUAAUAAUAGUGUUUAUUUAAAACUGCUGAACGACUGAGAAAAGAAACUGAGGAUGAAGAAUGAGUGUUUUUCUCUCAGUUUCUGAAGAUUCAGCUGAAGGAACGUUUCUUUUUAUCAGGCUGAGUUUGUCUGAUUUAUGAUCUGUGGCGGUUAAAAACAAAUAUUCUGCCAGUGAGAGGUUUCAGUUUUAUGACCAAUGCAUCUGUACUCUUGUUGUCAGAUUUAAAAAGCCAUAAUAAUUAAAUGUAAUUCUCUGAGUGAAAUUGUGCAUCAGUCUGAUUUCCAUCUCCACAGUUAGCUAUAGAUCGAUAUACUGUAGUCACCCAUUAAAGAGCAACAAAACAAGACACUUUAAGACAUCUCGUGGGACUGUGGCAUUGCAUCAAUCUACAGCUGACUGCAGGAGAGGUAAUCACGCUGUGUACCACAACUGGGUUUCUCACGAGAGACAAGAUGAGUACAUGUUUAUGUUUAUGUUGUUUUAAAUCAGUAUUUAAAAGGGACAGAAAUACUGGUGCUUUGAGCACCACAAGCUGAGUGCCAUCAAAAUACAUAUUUUUCCUAUUACCUGUAGUGCUAUUUAACAAACUAGAUUGUUUUGGUAUGAGCUGCAGAGUGUUGGAGAUACCAGCCAUAGAGACAUCUGUCUUCUCUUCUAUGUAAUUGAACCAGAUGGCACUCAGGUUUCUCCCAAACCACAGUCGCCAACUGAAUCACCGUGUAGUGCCUAGGUAACGUUACAGCUCAGCCGUGGAGGACGGCAUUAAUGUUUACAUUUCGCACUGUCCCGAGCACAACCCUGUCGUCUAUGAGUAGAUGCACACUUCCUCCUGCGUCGUGAUUCGGUUGGUGGAUGUAGUGUAGUAGAAAGAAGACAGAACUGCUCACAACAAGGUCUGUGGAUUAUCUUGAGUAACCGGCUUAUGAUUUCUGGAAAGAGACAUUGCUGGUGAGUUUUUCACAUUUUUGGCGCUUUGGCCACAAGUCGAGUGACAUCUGGUUCCAUUACACCAGAAAGAAGGUAGACAUCUCUACGGACAAUAUCUCCAACGCUCACAUCAAAACGAUCGAGACUGAUAAAUAGCACUAAAUUUAUGUACUUUUUGAUUUUGGGUUGAACUGUCCCUUUAAGUCUGAUUAAGAGUACAAUUUUGAAUGAAAAAUAACUGAAUUUCUUGACAAUCCUUCCAACAGUUGGUGGGAUGUUUUAGUCUGGAUCAAGAGACGAACACGUCAUCAUUGCAAAGUAGAAAACAACACAUUUCUACUGCACAAAAUUUGGUUUACCUUUUGAGGCUAAUCCUUGUUUUUAUUGCUUGUACAUUUCACUGUUAAAAAUGAUUAAAUUAAGGAGAAAUUACACAUAGCAGGACAGCUAUGAAAAUACCCCCAAAACACAAUAAUUUCUCCUGUUAGCCUUUUCAGUCUCUCUCCAUUUAACUCUCCUAAACCAGUCAGAAGUGUUCACUUCUGUAGUUUUUUAAAGAAUCAUUUUUGUCAUUGUUUUCCUCCACAGUGUGUGGAGUACGCAUGUUUGAGCUUUACUUUGAUUUACUGACAACUCCUGAGAAUGUCUUUAUUCCCGUUUUCAUGUUUGUGGUUUAUUUAUGUGUCGCUACCAUGGUUACUGUCACUGUCUCUAGAUCUGUAAUCCACUUGUGUGAACUAGAAUUCUUUUUUUAAGUAACUACAAUUCAAUUAAACAUUCACAAAACUGUGAACGCUAGUUGAUUUUGUUCCUUCAUAGUAACAUCUACUUUGUUGUUACAAACUGAACUUUUCUUUGGACAUUUUUGACACUUUAGCGGAAAUUACAAAGAAAAACAAAUCAGGCUGCUGUGGUACUCCGCUUGUGAGUUCAUAAAAAUAUGUUUUACAUUUAUGUGUGUGUUGAUGUAUGUAGAGCCAGGCUAGCCAAUUCCCUUUGUUUCCUGUCAUUAUGCUAGGCUAAC